AUGCAGGUGGCGAAAGGGAAGCCGAACAGUGACGAACAGAGCGGGCGAAGAGACAGACAGCGAGCUGCUUGCUACCUAACUGCAGGUCACAAACGAGGAAGCGCAGCCAAUUCUCCUCAAGGAUUCCGCAACCCUCUCACGGCGGCCGGAAGGGUCACAAAUGGUGGUGCAAAAAGUCAUCUUGGCAAGUUACAUGUGAAAGUGAUAUUGAAGGAGAAUUCAUUUGAUUCUUCAAAAAUCACAAGGAAGAUAAGUGUUACAGCCUAUUCUCCAACAACUGGAACCUGUCAAAUGAGCCCAUUUGCUUCUCCCACAAGCUCUAAAGAACAAGAGAACAAAAAUGGACCAUCAGAUGGAAAGAGGAAAAACUGGAAUCACUUCAGUAUAACCGAAAGAAAGGAAUCUACUACAGAAGACAAUGAUGAAUUCAUGGUGUUGCUAUCUAAAGUUGAGAAAUCAUCAGAUGAAUUCAUGGAAAUAAUGCAAAAUUUAAGUAAUAUACAGGCUUUGGAGGACAGUAGAGAGCUUGAAAAUCUCAUUGGUAUCUCCCAUACAUCUGGUGUCUUAAAAAGAGAAAUGCAGAAAACAAAAGACCUACUGACAAAAGUAACAAAACAAAAACUAUUUGAAAAGAAGAAUUCAGAACUUCCCAACAAAGCUUCACAACAUCUUGAUAGCUGUGAAUUCCUUAAAACCAUUUUAAACCGAGGUACUGUUUCACCUUUAUAA